AAAACAGUGCAGAGUCGAUUCCUACGCCGAAAAAGUUCCCCCCGAACGAGUCGAAAUGGAGCUGGAGCUAACCCAAGUGGAUUACACGACCGUGGGCCUCACGGCAUCGAACUGUCUCCAGCUGCUACCAGCGUCAUCGGCCUCUGGAAGUGGAGCGGACCGGAAUGGCAGCCGGCAGCAACAGAAGGUCGUCGUCGGCGACCAGGACGGAGUGCUUCAGGUAUUUUCCAUGAAGAAGGACGAGCUGCAGAUCCAUUUCAAAACGCUGCCGCACGAUAAGAUCGCUUCGGUGAAGCUGGGUGGACAGGCCGGAUCGGUGGCGGACAAGAUCUUCACUGCCGCUGAGAACAAGGUUCGGGGCUUUAACAAAAAGGGUAAGAUGUUUCUGGCUUUUGAAACGAACCUGACCGAGAACAUCCGGUCGAUGUUUGUGAGCGGAAGUGAUCUGCUGGUCUGUGGCAAUCACGUGUAUAACCAUUACAAGGAUUGCAAGGAGCAUGGUUCUUAUCUGUGCGGCGAUGCCAUCGUCGAUGUCGCAGCACUUUGUCCGAAUAAUACGAGCCGGUUGAUCACCGUUUUGGCAUGCUCGGGUCGUGUGCUACGUAUCCUUGAACACUCGCGUGUCCGCCAAACGUUAGAGCUGGAGAGUGUUCCCACUGUUCUGCACGUUCCGAAGUGUCUCGGCGAUAGACUCCUGUGUGGCUUCGCAGAUGGCAAGGUGGUACUUUUCCACAUCAAUCUGUCGAUUAGCGAAGUCAAGCGGGAGACUUUGGUCGAGGAUACGGAGAACGGCAGUGCGGUGACUUGCAUCGGGACGUACGAUCUUUCCGGAGAUGGCAAAGACGAGUUGGUCGUUGGACGGAGAGAUGGAACGCUCCAGGUGUUCACCAUGAACUCGGACGAGUAUCAGUUUGAAAUGGAAUGCACCCAAAUCUAUCGGGAGAACUUCAACGAGAGCAUUUCUAGCGUCCAAGGAGGUUGCGUAGGGGCUAAUAACUACGCGGAGAUCGUUGUCUGUACUUAUUCCGGACGGGUGUUCGGUUUAACAACGCAAUGCAUUAGCAAAAGCCUCAGCGAUUCGAACAAACGUGGAUCGGUUAACAUGGCACCGGAUGCGUCGAGCAAGCUACACAAGCUCAGAGCGGAAAUAUAUGAGCUGGAGCAAGCGAUCACUAGGGAACGGGAACGGUAUCAGCUGUCGACGCAGGCUCUGUCCACAGGGUUGUCUGCCAUACCGAUGCUCCCGGUAAAUGAUUCGAUGAUACUUUGCCAAGAAGAUGCGACCUACUCGUUGACCAUAGAGCUCCCAACUCCGAUUGAGCACGUUCUUUUGCAGUGCGACGCCCCGAUCAAUCUGAUCGACGUAGAGAAGAAUUCGGCUGUGGUCAGCUUCAGCGAAUGCGACAAAAUGAGCGGCAACAGUCUUCUGGCGAGCUAUCGCUGCCAGUCCAACACCAAUCGCGUAGACUUGAAGUUCCGCACAGUCGAGGGACAGAACGGUACCCUCCAGGUGUACACAACCCCCAAUCUGCAACCCAAGUGUUGCCAACUGAAACGCUACUCGAUCAAGCCGUUGUCGCUGCACAUGAUCGUGCACAACCUUUCGGACGAGGCACUGUCCCGACCGAUGAACGUUCUUGUUCUGAAGGGCGCUUUCAGCCAGGCCGAGAUGCACAAUUGGUUGAUCAACAGCAUUCCGGAAAUUCCGGAGAAGAUCUACGGAAAUGAGCGAAAUCGGAUCAUGUUCCGCCAUGUUUUCGUAGGGACGCUGUUGAUUUGCGAGUACGGGAAAGCAGAGGCGGAUUUCAGAAGUGAUAACAUUUCGACGAUUUCCAUCUUGAAGGACUUCAUCACCAAAGAAGCCACAAAGAAGAGGAUCAAGCUGGAGAUCACUACUAAUAUCAACGAACAAACCAUUCCGGGAUUGAUCAAGUUGAUCGAGCCGAAGAUCGCUCACUACAACAAACUGACCAAGGACUACCAGAUACUGCAGGCCUUGAUCGAUUUGGACAUUCGAAACGACGAAGAGUUCGAUACGCUGUCGGAGGAGUAUCGGCAGUUGUUGGAAAAUCAACGCGACAUUGAGAUGGAGUUCAAGAAGCAGCCCACCAUUCUGAAUCGCAUCUACGGUAUAUUGACGGAUUUAUACAUUGAUAAGUUCAAGUUCAAGGGCGUCAGCGUGAAAACCAAGCUGCCGCAGUUGAUCGAACUGCUGGAUAACUAUAAGUACGAUGAAUUGGUGCAAUUCUAUAGUGUGCUGAAGGGGGUAGAGGAUGAUCAAUAAAAAAUAAGGAUGUGGCGUAGAUGACUUACGAGCAGUAGCUACAUACAUACAUUUAUUUGCUCAACAUCACUUUUGA